AUGGAGAUGAUGGACACAAUGGAACGGCCUAUUAAGGUCACAGAGUGGCAGAAGACUUAUACCUACGACUCCGGCAUUAAUUCGGGGAUGAACACCUCGGCACCAUCUGUGAGUGGCAAGACCAUGCUAAUGGACGAUGAUGAUCUGGGGGGCUAUUCCAAGUACACUACAGUUAAAACUACCACAUACACACAACCUCAAGUACAAGUAUCAGGAGAGAUGGAGUCACAGUUGACCAUGACACGUGCCCAGCGUGUGCGUGCAGCCAUGUACCCAGAGACGGUGGAAGACCACUCUGCCUAUCUACUGGCCACACAGAUUGAUGGGCAGCAGACCAACGUACAGAAGCUGGCAGAGCCUUCACAGAUGCUGAAAUCGGCCAUUGUCCAUCUCAUCAACUACCAGGAUGAUGCUGAAUUGGCUACCCGUGCCAUUCCUGAGCUGACCAAACUCCUGAAUGAUGAAGACCCGGUGGUGGUGAACAAAGCCUCUAUGAUUGUCAAUCAGCUGUCCAAAAAAAGAGGCUUCUCGCCGAGCCCUGAUGCAGUCCCCACAGAUUGUGGCAGCCGUAGUGCGCACCAUGCAGAACACAAGCGAUAUGGAAACUGCCCGCUGCACCACCAGCAUCCUACACAACCUGUCCCACCACCGAGAGGGGCUCUUAUCCAUCUUCAAGUCUGGAGGCAUUCCUGCUCUUGUGCGCAUGCUUAGCUCCCCAGUGGAGUCCGUGCUCUUCUAUGCCAUAACCACUCUUCACAAUCUACUGCUAUACCAGGAAGGUGCCAAAAUGGCAGUGCGCUUGGCUGAUGGACUGCAGAAAAUGGUUCCACUGCUCAACAAGAACAACCCCAAAUUCUUGGCCAUCACCACAGACUGCCUGCAGCUUUUGGCAUACGGAAACCAGGAGAGCAAGCUUAUUAUUCUGGCCAAUGGAGGACCACAAGGUCUCGUACAGAUCAUGAGGACCUACAACUAUGAGAAGCUGCUGUGGACCACAAGCAGAGUGCUGAAGGUUCUCUCUGUCUGCCCCAGCAACAAGCCCGCCAUCGUAGAAGCUGGGGGAAUGCAGGCUCUCGGGAAGCAUCUGACUAGCUCCAGCCCUAGACUUGUACAGAACUGCCUGUGGACUCUGAGGAACUUGUCUGAUGUGGCCACCAAACAGGAAGGCCUAGACAACGUGCUGAAGAUUCUGGUGAACCAGCUAAGCUCAGACGAUGUGAACGUCCUCACUUGUGCCACCGGCACUCUCUCCAACUUGACCUGCAACAACAGCCGCAACAAAACCCUGGUGACCCAAAGCAACGGAGUGGAGUCUCUCAUUCACACCAUCCUGAGAGCGAGCGACAAAGAUGACAUCGCAGAGCCAGCAGUCUGUGCCUUGCGCCAUCUCACCAGCCGUCACCCCGAUGCAGAGGUGGCUCAGAACUCUGUGCGACUUCACUAUGGCAUCCCGGCCAUCGUCAAGCUGAUUGGCCAACCAUACCAGUGGCCACUGGUCAAGGCAACCAUUGGAUUGAUCCGAAACCUGGCAUUGUGCCCUGCCAACCAUGCCCCACUGCAUGAUGCUGGCGUCAUCCCCCGUCUGGUCCAGCUGCUUGUUAAAGCGCACCAGGAUGCACAACGGCACGCAGCUUCUGGAACCCAACAGCCAUACACGUUUCUUCAGGAUGGUGUCAGAAUGGAAGAGAUUGUGGAAGGCUGCACUGGAGCUCUUCAUAUCCUGGCAAGGGACCCCAUGAACCGCAUGGAGAUCUACAAGCUCAACACCAUCCCCUUUGUUUGUACAGAGCUCCUGUAUUCCCCAGUGGAGAACAUUCAGCGAGUGGCAGCCGGAGUGCUCUGUGAGCUUGCUCAGGAUAAAGAAGCAGCCGACACCAUUGAUGCUGAGGGUGCAUCUGCUCCUCUGAUGGAACUCCUGCAUUCCCAUAAUGAGGGCACAGCUACCUAUGCUGCCGCCGUUCUGUUCCGUAUCUCCGAGGACAAGAACCCUGACUACAGGAAGAGAGUGUCUGUGGAGCUGACCAAUGCCAUCUUCCGCCAGGACCCCGCAGCGUGGGAAGCCGUAAGUUCCUAUCUUGCUUUCCUAAUGAUCCUCCAGCUUUGUCAUCUCUGCUUUACCCUUUUUGUUUUGGUCUGCAGAUCUAAUUUUUGCAAUAUGGUUUUUCUAGGCACAGAGCAUGAUCCCCAUUGGCGAACCUUACGCUGA